AUGGUCUCCAAAUCAUUCAUCACUCUUGCUCUUCUUGUCUGUGCUGUCUCCAGUGUCCCAGUUAAUAAUGAGCCAAAUGCCGAUAUUACUCCUGAUAACACUGCUAUGAAGGGAAUCAAUCAUCCUGUUACGAAUGGCGCUAAUGGAAAAAUGGACAAGCGCGAUGGCAUUUAUGCUAGACAAGGUCUUCCCAGUGGUGGAGAAAAAGGCGGGGGGACAGGCAAAAAAGACGGAAAAGGCGGAGCAGCCGGUAAAGGCGGUGGCGUCCUUGGUGGACAAAAAGAUGGAGGAAAAACUGGAAACGGCGUUGAUCCUGGCGGCCUCCUUGGUGGAUUCGCUGGUGGAGGAAAAGGCGGAAAAAGCGGAAAAGGCAGUAAAGGCGGUGGCGUCCUUGGUGGAAAAAAAGAUGGAGGAAACGCUGGAAACGCCGUUGAUCUUGACGCUCUCUUUGGUGAACUUACUGAUGGAGGAAAAAGCGGAAAAGGCGCAAAAGACGGUGGCGCCCUUGGUGGAUUUAAUGGCUAA